GUUUAACGUAACGGACAGAGUUUAUUGUUUAAAAACAGCUUGACUCUAUUGAUGACAGCUCUGGAAGGGUUUACAUUAUUAUUAUUUCAGGUAAUCUGACUGAGAUUGACAUCUCUUGCAAGAGACAUUGCAGGACAUCAGAGAAAAACAAAACAACAUACACAAUAAACAUAGUAGUGUACCCCCUGUUCAGUGUACCCCCCUGUACACUGAACAGGGCCAGACAAAAGCACAGCACGCAUACAGCAUCAGAGAGAAUCACAGACAUCACGUCCACGCAAACUCUGUCAUCCAGUCAAACCUACCUUCUACCUAAAACCAAGUCCAGAUGAUUUUUUUCUAUGUUUUUUUUUUCAGGUCACAGACGUCACCAAAUUAAAUAAAGUUUAAAGUUGUCCAGUCGGAUGAGAGAUUAAAUUUUUAAGUAAUUUAUUCCAUUUAUGAGGUGCACAGUAGUGGAAGUGGGUCAGUUCAGGGGCAAACUGAGGUCUGCUGUGGUUUUACACCGGAUACGAGCCGUGAUACAUCGAGGCUAGUGACAUUUAUAAAUCAAAAUGAGUAGGUCUCUUGUAAUGAAGCCCAAUCAGUGCUGGAAAGUAACUAAAGUACAUACUUGAGUAAAGUACAUUUACCUAAGUACAGUUUUGAGGUAUCUGUACUUGAGUAUUUUCGUUUUCAGUCACUUCAUACUUUGUCUUCAUAACAUUUGAGGCACAUAUUGUACUUUUUACUUUUCCCACUACAUUUAUUUGAUAACUUUAGCUACUUUUCAGAACCAGAUUAAUACAAAAAUACAGUAUAAUUAUAAGAUCUCAUUGAUCUAUGGUGAAAAACUCACAAGCGAUCAGCAGUACUUCAAAAUAAAUGCAUAUAAGACCGUUAGAACCAGCUACAACAUUAAAUAUGUUCACAAUAAUGCAGCAGUAAUAAUAAUAUGAUAUAGUUGCUCCACAUGCUGUUUAAACCUGACACUACUAGUCAACUUCCCAGACAUUUAUGAAACUGUUUUUAUAUUAUUAUAAGCCCAUUCCUGAUUAUUAAGUGAGACACAGAGAUCUGUAAGUCAUGUGAAGAGUGCAGAGGGGAAUUUUUUGUCUUCAUCUUUAAGCAGGAGGGAAACUGUGCUGCACGAGGAGGCGAUGCAAACCUGUAACCACAUCAGUCUGACCCAACAACCAUCUGCUGUUUUCGCUGUUCUAGUUCAACUACACCUUCCUUUGCAACAAACACACAUACCUCAAAGAGCAAAGUAUACAGACAGCCUGCAACUGGGGUUUCUCAGUUUUCAGCAAAACCGACCUGCAAGAAAGCUCGGCUUCAAACACCAUCUUCUCCUGAGUGUUUUCUGCUGUAGUCGACUAUGCUGGCCUUAGCUCUGGCCUCAUUGAGUCUCUUGGUGUGGGCAACUGACCUCUGCCCCCCAACGUGCCAAUGUCUCCACAACCUGGCCUCCAUUGAAUGUCAGGUAAAAGGAUUAGACCAGAUCCCUGAGCUGCCAGAGGGUGCAGAGGAGCUGUACGUCUCAUAUAACCAGAUACAGGAAAUACCCAGGAGUGGGCUAGAGAAGCUGCAGGUCCUGGACCUGACUACUAAUCAGUUGAAUGUCUUCCUGUCCCUCAACCCAGUUUGGCCCAACAUGACAAAGCUGUCCAAGCUCUUCUUACGCGACAAUGGCCUGAGGUCUCUACAUCCUGGUCAGUUUGUAAACUGCCCUGCCCUCACCUUACUGGACCUGAGCGAGAACCAGAUUGAGUAUCUACCAGCUGGAUUCCUCCAUGGAUUAGCUAAUCUAAAGGCGCUGUUUCUGAACUUUAACCAGAUUCAAACGCUACAGGUUGGUGGACUGGAAGGAGCCUUCACUCUUGCUGACCUCCACCUCAGCCGUAACAGUAUAACACGGAUAGAGGAUGGUGUUUUCACAAACUCCACUGCAUUAAAGAAGCUUAUUCUGUCAAAUAACAGAAUCACAAGGGUUGGUGAGGCCAGUUUCAGGGGAGUGAUAGGUCUUCAGCACCUUGACCUGAGUAGUAACCUGCUGGUCACUGUUCCAGCUGAGACCCUGAGGGAUGCAACUAGGCUCGAGGUUCUGUGUCUACAGAUAAAUAGCCUUGUCACCCUACCAGACAGUUGCUUCUCUUCACUACGUCUGUUGGUUAAUCUAGAUUUGAGCAACAACAACCUGACCACUCUAUCUGAGGGAUUGCUGACAGGUCUGACCAUGCUGAGAAAGCUGGACCUCAGUGACAACCUCAUAGAUUCUCUUCCCUCUAAAGUCUUCAACGACCUGAUCAACCUUAAGAUACUUGAUUUGUACAGGAACAAACUGACAUCUCUUCCUCCCUAUGUAUUCAAGACCAUGACCAAGCUGCAAGAGUUGGUGCUGGACAGUAAUCAGAUUUCUAACGUGCCUGCUGGGGUAUUUGAUUCGCUGUCCAAACUCAAGGAGCUACAGCUGUCGCACAACCGCAUCCUGAACCUCCACCCUGCACUGUUCUCACAGCUCAGGUCACUGCAGAACCUGUACUUGGAGCACAACUCUCUGAGGAAUGUUUCCAGCGUCCUUUUCCACAAGAUGAUCAAGCUUAAGGAGAUAGACCUCACUGACAACCAAAUCAGGUCUCUACCUCCCUCAGUUUUUCAUCAUUUGGUGAGAGUAUUUUCAUUGAAGCUCUCUCAUAACAAUCUUUCCUCUUUACACUCAGACCAGUUCAAAAACCUUGUCAGUUUAAACGAGUUGAAACUAGAUGCAAACCACAUAGGAAAACUUCCUACAAGCCUAUUUGUGGAUCUAGCAAAUCUUACAACACUGGACUUGGACAACAACCGCCUCUCAGAGAUAUCUCCCGAUGACUUUGUUGGGUUGAGUCACCUUAAAGAGCUCAGGUUGAGUUUCAACCAGCUCCAUGAUAUACCUUUCAACACCUUCCAUCCCCUCCACAACCUCCGUAGGCUUCUGCUAAAGAACAACAGCCUGAACAGUUUACGCCCUCAGCUCUUUGCCCGUCUUUCACAGCUAACAGAGCUCAACUUGGAUGGAAACAAGCUGGAUCACCUGCAGCCUGAUGUCUUUCAAGGACUUACAAACCUCCAGAAAUUGAGUUUGAAAUCCAACCAGCUCAGAUCAAUGGCGAGCGGAGCUUUGGAGCCUCUGAGAAUCCUUAAUACCGUCCAUCUGUCAGGUAAUUUAUGGGACUGCACCUGUCAACAGAUUCUCUACAUCAGCUGCUGGGUCAACAUGCACAGAAACAAACUCGGAGAUGAGCCCACCUGCUUCUUUGACUCUUCGUCAUCACCCCUUUCUGCAUAUACACCACUCUCACAGCCAGCGAUGCCGCCACUGUUGUUACAAGACCAGUGCACUGCAAAAGCCUCAUCAGCUUCAUUUCCACUAGAAAUGCUGAAUCUGCUCACAGUGCUGCUCAUAGCUGUCGGCUCACCAUGACAUCCUUUGUAGUGAUUUUAUCCUCUGGAACCUUUUUCCCUUUCUUUGCUUUUCCUGUCUGACCUUGGUAUUUGCUUCUAAAUCAAUAUUAAUGGAUGCAUCAAAUAUUACAGGGGAAUUUUGCAUUAAAACAAUAUAAUGCAAAAGUGCAAGCUUGAUUUUUAGGUAUUACGAGAUUUCUAGCUCAACUGGAAAAUAAGAAAUAAAAUGUGCUGUGGAUUUAAUGUAUGAGCAUAUAGGUCUGGCCUGCAAAUACUGGCAUUAGCAAGUGGUACAGCUUCAGCCUCACAACUUGUU